CAACGGGCCCUCGUAAUGGUGCCAUCCACUUCGUCUUCGCCGUCGACUUCAUCGGUCACAGUUACGGCAGACUCACAGGAGACUGAUGUCACCAGUCUCGCUGCGGGCACCGAAUUACCUAAUCUAGCGCUCCAGAGUGUCGCCCUGAGGCUUCAGGGUGCCCUCCUCUCGGCUCUGCAGCGAGCGGCGCUCCUGCCACCGGGACACGCCGCCGCUGCGGCUUUCAAUCUCCAGGCACUGGAGACGUACUUGACGCUUCAUCGUCUUCAUGCAAGCGGCGCGACUUCCGGCGUCGCGCAAACCGCGAGCGCCACCGCGACCGUCGUUGGUAAUCAGAGGUGUUCAUCAUUGAACGCGAAUGUUGACGCGACCCUGAGCCCGACAGCAGUCAAGAAUGACCAUCUGACAGCCGAUCAGCUGCUCCGAUCGGCCGCUUCGGCAAUCAGCGAGGAAGAUGAGGCACGGCUGGACUUUGUGACCGACACCGAAGAGGAUCUGGCGCUUCUAGCGGAAGAUGACGAGGUCCUGCUAUGUGAGGCGUCCGGAACAAGCUCCUCCUCGGCGAAUCACGAGCUGCUCCUGCGACGAAUAUCCGAAGGGAAUCGCGCAAGCACGUCGGUGACGACGGUCUCACGAUCCUUGACCGUUCCAACAUCUUUCGCGUCGUCAACUUCCUCGGGUUGCUCCUCGGCUUCGUCCACCUCGUCUUCCUCCUCCUCGUCCGCGCAACAUGCUUCGAUCACGGUGGACUCGAGUGUACCAAGGACUUGCCGUACAUCCAGACCCAAGAAACAGUUUAUUUGUAAGUUCUGCAGCCGGCAGUUCACGAAGAGCUAUAAUCUGUUGAUCCACGAGAGGACGCAUACCGACGAGCGGCCGUAUUCGUGCGACAUAUGUGGCAAAGCCUUCCGACGGCAGGAUCAUCUCAGAGAUCACAGGUAUAUACACAGCAAGGAGAAACCGUUUAAAUGCGCUGAAUGCGGCAAAGGAUUUUGUCAGAGCAGGACACUGGCUGUUCAUAAAAUUCUGCAUAUGGAGGAAUCACCGCACAAAUGUCCCGUCUGUGCCAGGAGUUUUAAUCAGAGGAGCAAUUUGAAGACUCAUCUUCUCACACACACGGAUAUCAAGCCUUAUCAUUGCGCCUCCUGCGGCAAAGUCUUCCGUAGGAAUUGUGAUCUGAGGAGACACUCAUUGACGCACAAUUUGGGAGUACCAUCGUCGCCACCACCAUCGGGAAUACCUGUUUCCGGUUCAAGUACCAUUGUCCUUCAAGAGACGUCUUAA